AUGAACCGGACUGCUGAGUUGUCACCGAGCACCGAUGUGCUUUCUUUGGGCAUAUUUCUCAGCCUGAUUGCUGUGGCCACCAUCGGUGGAAAUUUACUGGUCAUUCUAGCAGUAGGCAUGGUGCAAAAGCUACGAACUCCGAGCAAUUUUUUAAUUGUAUCCUUGGCUGUGAGUGACUUACUUGUGGGCAUCCUUGUCAUACCAAUUACCACGGUAGCUGAGUUGAUGCAAACGUGGGCACUAGGUGAAGCAAUGUGUGAUAUGUACAUUUCGUUUGAUGUUUUCAUGUGCACUGCCUCUAUACUCAAUCUUUGCGCAAUAUCGAUCGAUCGCUAUUUGGCCAUCACAAGACCAUUGCAAUACGCUGCCAAGCGCACUCCCAAACGGAUGUUAAUAAUGAUAGCCGUCGUGUGGGUAGCCUCUGCCCUGAUCAGUAUUCCUCCGAUGUUUGGUUUCAAAGAGGAAUUUAUACCCGGAAAAUGUGAAUACAGUGAGAACUUUAUUUAUCAGAUCUAUGCAACUUGUGGAGCUUUUUACAUACCCCUUCUCGUGAUGCUUGUGUUGUACGGCCGAAUAUUCAUGCUGGCCAGACACAUGGCACAAGAAGAUGCCAGACAGAUGCGUGUAUCCGAAACUGUUGCACAGAGGACCAGUGGAACACCUCUGGGUCUUCAAACGCCCUCCAUUGAUCCGACACAAAGAGACAGUGCUCAAACGCAAAAUUUAGAAGGUACUAAAUUUGACAGCCCCUACUGUAACGGUAGAGAUAGAAUCGAAAAGAAGCGUGGAUCCCCUGGCAAGCUCAGUGGAUCUGGAGCGAUGGAAAAAUAUCCACUUCCUCCUUCGGAGCUCUGUAGGAGACGCAAACCUCGUCCACUUUACAAAGAUAACUCUGAUGCAAAUGAAGGACAAUGCAUGAAAAGGGAACCUGUUGCAGAUUCGGUGAAAGAAACGCCAACCAACCAAACUCCAUUAUCACUGACAGAAGAGUUUGAGGAAAGAGUAAGGAUGCUCAGGAAACUUAGGGCAGAGUUUUUUGAAGCCCCACCAUCGCGGCAUUGCAGCUCCCUCGUCUUGAAUUUGCAAGCAAAACGGGACACUCGGUCUCAUUCACUGGUAGUAAAUACUCAUUCUGAAGAUGGCAACAGCCCAUCAGACCCGACAGGUGUGGCUUACCAGGAUCGAUCUCGUUUGGCUUUACAUCCAAGUCAUUCACUGAGAGAGGAAUCACAAUUAGUUCACGAUAGAUGGAAGCAAAAUAUUGCCCCCAUGCCUUCGCCACCAAUGUUAUCCAUUUCGGAUUACACAGAAGUGCACAAUAUAACUCAUAUCGCAGUAAGCCCCGACAAAACUCCGCGAUUAAAUGAAAAUGUUACCGAGAAAUUUGUUCAAGUGCAGCCUAUUCUACUUGGUGGAGUUGUAGGUAACACGAAUACCACAACAACGCUUCGGCCCAGGCCUCGUCCACUUCACCUAGGACGGCGUUCUUUGACAAAUACACCGGAACAAACCGGUCAAAGAGGAGUGGGGAGGUGCAGCUCUUUGGCAUUACCAAGUUACAAGACUGAAAGAAGGCUAAGCACGCCGACUUCAAGAGAGCACUUGUCGUGGGAUGCUCUGCGCCGUGAGUCAAAGCAAUCCCCAGUUGGCGGGUCUUCCAGUCGCCUAUUGUAUCGUAUGUCAGAUCACACUACCGGCGCAUCCUGUAGUCGUAAUGCCAGUUUGGCUAGUAUAAAAAUUCCCGUGAAGCGAAGAAAACCACGUGGACAAAGCGAAACCAAAGCAAUCAAAACUCUCGGUGUGAUUAUGGGAUGCUUUUGUCUUUGCUGGAUCCCAUUCUUCAUUAUCGCGUUGGCACGUCCCUUGCACAAGGUUGUCACAGGAGAAGAACUGUACGUGCCGGUGUCCGUGAGGAGUUUGUUUUUAUGGCUGGGUGAGUAUAAAAAUCUUCUGAUAACCUUUGUUUUGCCGUGA